UGUCAGUAUUCAGCUGCUUGUCGAUAAAAGAAGGUUUGGAACUGUCACCUGAAAAGUAACAAAUCUCACAGACCGACCUUCGUUGCUGUGAGCGAAGCGAGGCCGCCGGUUAGGUAAUGGGAACUGUAGGAGGCGGAAGCAACGAGAGGCUGACCACCGUUGCGCAAGAAAAUCCUCUGCAAUCGGAGGUUUUGAAGCUACGCCGACGAUGGGAACUAGCUUCUGUUCUGAAUUUCCUAGACGUUUUUGGGCCAUUAAUUGGCAAGGAACUGAGACUGUCGGCUGAAGACAUAGAGAUGGGGCUCAUAAAGCCUGAUGCUUCACUAGCUCAGCUUCAUGUUGUACUUCUGAAGGGAAUGCCACCUGUAAGUAAAAAACUGGAUGAAUCUGAUGCAUGGGUGACAGAGCUGUGCAAGAAACUGACUGCGUGGUGGCCGUGGGUUGCUGAGGGGAAGAUCCCAAUUGUGCCGUCCAAAGGAGAGGAGAUAUCCAAGUACAAGGAACUUGAUCCAUUGGAUCGAUUGUUACUCCUGAAAGCACUAUGUGAAGUUAGAGCUGACGUAUUAGUUUUCCUGCAACACGAUGCAGUGUCAUACAUAAAAGAUGCCUUGAAAGAAGGCACUCAAAUAUCUACUUUCCGGAAAGAAGCAUUUGGAGGAGAUGGAAAGGGGACUUUCUACUGGUAUGAUGCAAGUGCAAAAGGCCACAGACUGUACAAGGAAAUAAUCACAUUGAAUUCAGCUACAGAGGUUAACGGCAACGAAUCCUCUUCACUUCUCGCCAUCAGUUCUCAAUGGGAAACGCUAGCUUCCAAUCUUAAAGAAUUUUCCAGAGUAGCGGAAGAAUUCUCUUCUAGCAAUAUUGCAGCCGAAGUAGUUAUGGGCAAGAAAAUUCAAAGAGACGCUAUACCUUCUCUUGAAAGGCUCCAUAUGAAUAAAGUAAGAGCAUUGAAAAGGAAACAAAGCAAAGAGGCGCUCAAAAGUAGAACUAUCGACACAAACCGUGCAGUUUUUGAACAAGUGGGAGUUCGCCGGAGUAAGAGGCUUGCUGGAGUUCGCAGCCAUACUGUAAUAGAAAGCAGGGGCCUCAUAACAAAUCAUAUACUGAGACAGAGACCCAUCCGCAAUUCUGCACUUCCAACUGUUAUGCUUGAUUCAGACGAUGAACCGUAUGACAUGAAGACUGAUUAGUGGCCUUCUGUCCAUUGACAACUUUUGAAGAAAACAAGUGCAUAUAGGCUUUUUUUUUUUUUUUGUGGGUUUGGUUUUCAAGUGGUGCUGGUUGCUGCUACCGGGUUAGGGGGUCUACGAAAAUGCAAUACAACUUUUUGUACAUCUGGAUUCUGUAUCCUUAUGAACUGAUGCAUUUGUUGUGAAGUGGGAUCGGAUAACCUCUUUUGUAAUGCCCGUGACGGGAAUAUGUAGAUAGAUCGUUAGUUAA